AGUAAAGUAUUUAAAAUUUAUUCUUUGAUUAAAUAUAAUUUCUUUUAUUAAGAAAUUUUUAAUAAUAUUCACAUUGAAGGUAUGUAUAGAUCUUAAAGAAACUUGGCAACAGCGCGACGUAAGAUAAAUUAGUGUUUGACAGUUGGCAACUGGGAUUUUCAAAUUGAAAUUGCUUAAUGUGAAUCCGUACCUCAAAAUGUCACAAUUACGAAUAAACGGAAAAUUUUCGAGCAAAAAAAAGAUAAAACGUCUUGAACAAGUUGCUGAAAUGGGAAGAAAAAAUAAGAAACAAAUUGUUGUGAAUGAUGAUGAACCGCGCGAAGAAAAAACAUUUCCUAUAGAAGGCCACCGAAUCGUAGAUUUUCAGCAUAUGGCUCAAAAUAUGUUUUGCUCAUGUUGUAAAUCUCCGUUAUUAAUUCAAAAUAUCAGAAGUGAGAUUAAAAAAGGUCUCGCAUCAAUUUUGCAUAUUUUCUGCGACAAUUGUAUAUUCCUCAAUACAGUUACAACUGGAGAUCGACACAUUAGUCCCGUUACAGGAUAUCCCUUGUUUGAUAUUAACACAAAAGCUGCUAUAGAUUGGCAUGUUUUUACAUAUCAGGCCGGAGAUAUAUAAAAAUAAUAUUAAUAACAGGAAAUUGUGGAAUAACUCCUUAAGCUGUAAGAUGGAAGGGGAAGUUAGUGGAGGUAAGUGCUUGCAGCUGUGUUUGAAGUUUAAAAUAAUCCCGUGCCUUCCAGUGCACGGUAUCAAGUGUCUGUUGACGGGGCGGAUUCUCAUUAAAAUGCAUGAAAUUCAGAAUUUCUUUAAUGGUUCGGUUGAGCAUCCGCUCCACGUUCUACUCUCGGUAUUAGAGUUUAAUAAACAAAACGUUACAGUGGAUUCUCAUUAAGCAGUAAAUGCAUUGUGGGAAAGGGCUUAUACGCAUAGUAAGUAUCUUAAAUCGAAAACUAAGAGGCAUUAAUGAUAUUCUGAGCGUUGACUUCUGUUAUUUGAAUUUAGAAUUCAAUGUUCAUUUUCACUGCUGAUGAAUCUCUGCAGAUUUUAUAGUGACUCUAAAUCUUAUAAUACUGUUACCUGACCUAGUCUAUGAUAAUUAUACGCUUUUUACGAUAUGCAAUUACAACUUGUGAGAAGGGGUAAAUGCAUACAAUAAACGUCUCCAAUUUAGAACUGACAAGAGUGGCAUUAAUGAUAUCGAGAAUAUCGAUUUCCAUUAUUUGAAUUUAGAAUUCAAUGUUCACUUACAUUGGUGAUGAAUCUUCAGAUUUUAUACUAAUUCUAAAUCUUACAAUACUAUUACCUGACCUAGUCUGUAACAAUUAACAUGCUUGUUAUGAUAAGCAAUUGUAACAGUUGUUUGCAGCUACAUAUCAUAAGCACGUGAAUAAAUACACGCCAGUGAAAACUAUCGGAGACAGAGGUAUUACCUGGUCGGGAUCGUUCGAGAUAGGAUAGCCGGCGUUGCACAACAUUUGCAAGAACUACCCGAGCGUAGCCGCAUUAAUUGUUCAGCUGCAACGGGCGGUGCUCGCGUAUGACCCAAUUUCGAACACGUUUCAUCUCAGCCCGGAGCUCUCGCUCUGUGCCGUCGCGUCGACGAUCCACUUGCACCGUUCCGCCACGCCGUUCGGAUUCUGGAGCUUUGCUGGUGGGCUCUGGCACGGGAUCGUGGACUUUGGACGGGUGCCAAUGGCCCUAUUACACAAUUCGCUUGCUCGAUAGUCCAGGAUACCCCUACCCUUCCUCGCCACGCGCUCUCAGUAGAGUUCUAGGUUUUCUGCUGAACUUGAUCCAAAGCUCUCCCUUUCCCUUGUCCUCUUUCUCUGCGCCACCGGCGUACGUGGCAGCUAUGGCCGACGUCUCGCGUCCGGCGUGCCCGCCGCUACCCUUGGGAAAGAGUUGCCCGAUCGAAGACCGUGAUACGAAUCUAGUGACAGAUUUAAGUAAUUGCUGAAACGUUCGGAAAGAACCUUGAUACAUUUUCAGCAGCAAAGCAAAUUAAUCUUAAAUUAAAUUUGAUAUAUAAUUUUACAAUGCUUUUAGUAUAAGUAACAUAAUUUUUAAACAUUAAUAGAUAGUUGCAAAUUGUUCGAAAUUGAUGUGUGACGUGAACAGGUGUCAAAUUCAUUUCACUCUAAAUAAGCAACUUGUCUGAGACAACGGCCUGCCACCGUCUAGCUGCUAACUUAUCUGCGACAAACACAGUGGCGAAGUUUGAUUCGACGUAACAGGUCCGUGAAUAGAGGCUGCUAUCUCUGCAGAACGUUUUAAUGAAUUAAUUCUGUUCGUUACUCGAAUCCCAUUCAGGGUGUAGCGUAGGCUGUAGCAGAAACACCGGUGAUCUUGGGUUCCGUGCGUUGGAAUUCUUCCAAAUUAAUUUGCCCCGGAGUUCCCUGGGCACGUGAAAUGAGGGGAUUAUUCAUUACAUGUUUCUAUAUAUGUUCUACUAUCAAUAUACACAUUUAUAGUAAUGUAUGAUUAGACAGUGGAUGUUCAUGCGAAAUAAAACAU